AUGUAUGCUGUGCACCACGGUCUGAUCGGGCCGGCUGCUUCGGCUAGCCAUGCAUUCCGACUAAUUGCAUACAUUCCGGCUGUCGACGCAUACACUGAACGGGUUCCCAAGGGACACUCAUCGCAUAAUGGUCAUAGUAUGCGUAGGGUCCCAGCCGGUAGCCAUGUGGCCGUCUUCGAUGUCCAUUCACAUCUGGUACAAGCAUAG